GCAUAAUGAUUUUUGUUUCUAUUACAAAAAUAAAUAAAUAAAACAGGUGUAGUUUGUGAAUGUUUACAUUUCUUCUUUAUAAUUGAUGUUUUAGUUAACUGAUUGUUAUGGUAUUUUCUCCUUUUUUCCUUUUGUUAUACAUCCUGCCAAGGACAAUUUUGAAUGUGGCCCAAGCAACACCUACUGAAAGUGGACAGUUUACCCUGAACAUCAGUGACUUUAGAAUCGUUUUGCCCAGGAAAGUUUCUGAAGAGGGUAAAUUCCUAUCGCACUACUUGCCCCAUUUUUAUAACGUGCCAGCACGGUCAAAACGGGAUACGAGUCAUCUGAAGAGUGUACACUACAUUCUUCCACUGGAUGAAAUGGAGUACCAUAUCGAGUUAUGGCCAACAAGGGAGAUCUUUGCGCCUGGCUUGAUUGUAGAACACCACAAGAGCGAUGUUAAGCGCAAUACUAGUGACAUCAGCUUUAGUAAAUUGCGGUCUGCUCUGUGUUACUAUAACGGUGUCAUCAGAGAGUUGCCAUCAUCCAGAGUUGCGCUUUCCACAUGUGAUGGAUUGGCUGGCUUCAUUAAAAUUGGAAAAGAAUAUUUUUUAAUUGAGCCUAAGGAAGGAGGUAACAUUCCGUCUGAAGAUGAGAGGCAGGAACAUGUUUUUUAUCGAAAUACUAGAUCCAAUGACCCAUUUUUUUCAAAUUGUGGAACUUCAGGAAGCAGCAAACAAGCGUGGGCUGAGCGUAUGCAAUGGGAAUUUAUACACGGAAGAACAAUUGAAAAAACAAUGAAAAACAAUUUCAACGAAAACAAAUCUCACACUUUGUAUAAAAAAGAUGACAAGUUUACUUCUGAAAAUGAAAACUGGUCGAACAUAUGUCCUCAAGACAAUUUACAUUGUCCUGCAGACAAGGAUCUUUUCAUUGAAUUGAUGGUGGCGGUGGAUUUUAGCGUGGACAGGCCGACGAGAGUUUUUGAUAUGGAGGAAUAUCUUUUGACUGUCAUAAACAUGGUUGCUACAAAUUUUCAUGAUGGAAGCAUUGGUCGACCCAUUCACAUAAAACUUGUCCGAAUUAUUUAUCUGUCAUAUCCAUAUGAAGAGCUUGAUGUACAGAAAAAUUCACCAGAAAAUCUCUUGAAAAAAUUCUGUGACUGGCAAAUGAAUUUUAAUCCAAAAUUAGAAGAACAUCCCAAUCAUCACGAUUUUGCUGUUUUCAUAACACAGUUCCAACCCUGUGAAGGUAAUAUCUUAGGGAUCACCAACAUUGCAAGCAUUUGUCGACCAGAUAAAGCUUGUGCUGUUGUAAGUGACGUAGGAUUACUUUUAGGCAACAUCAUUACUCAUCAAAUUGGCCAUAGUCUAGGGGCAGAACAUGAUGAAGACUCUUCAGAUACAUGUGCCUCAGAAGAACCUGAUGGAACAAAAUAUCAUAUGGGUCCUGUGAUCAGCACUUCUACCACUGAAUGGUCAUCGUGCAGCAGGCAACACAUAACUCAAUUCCUUAUGAACCAUGCAAGUUGGUGCUUACAAGAUUUUCCAACUGGCCAUGACUUUUCAGAACCAACUCUCUUAGCUGGGCAGGUUUAUUCUGCUAGUCAGCAGUGCAGCAUUAACUUCAACAUGAAAACCGUCGCAUGUCUCGUUGGUGAUUUCUGCAAAAAACUCUUCUGCCAAAUUUCGAAUAAUCAGUGUGCAAGUACUGACGAUCCUCCAUCAAUGGGGACACCUUGUGGGCCAAACAUGUGGUGUUUCAAUGGUAACUGUGUUCAGCGUGGGUCUAGGCCAGGAGCCGUCAAUGGAGAAUGGGGCUCAUGGUCACCAUGGUCGCCAUGCACCAGGUCUUGUGGAGGUGGAGUGCAAUCUACUCACAGGUCUUGCAAUAAUCCUCCACCCUCUAAAGGAGGCAACUAUUGCCCUGGAAAGUGGAUCAGACACAGAAUGUGUUCCAUUAAUAGGUGUGAAGGUUUUAGUCAAAGAUUUGCACAGAUUCAAUGCAGAAUGACUAACGACAGACUUUAUAAAGGACACUACUACAGCUGGGAUUACUACAGAACUAUAUUUGAACAAGCAACUUGUGCACUGAUUUGCAUCAACGAGUAUAAAGAAAUUGCAGUGAGAUCAUCAAUUGUAAUGGAUGGAACGCCGUGUAAAGCUGGCACGAGAGAUGUGUGUAUUCGAGGAGCGUGUGAGAAAGUAGGAUGUGAUUGGGUGAUCAAUUCAAAAAGCAAGGAAGAUGCAUGUGGGAUUUGCCAUGGAAAUGGGACUGAAUGUAAAAUUGUACAAGGAUUAUUUUCUGGAAGCAACAUAACUGGUCUGCAGCCAUUUUUAAAACUUCCUUCUGGUGCAAGUAUGAUAUUUAUCCGGGAGCUGAACCAUUCACCUUGCUAUUUGGUAGUUUCUAAUUCAAUAACGUCUACAUAUUAUUUAAACGCUUUAGGGAGUAACGAUCAUAUGCCAGGAAAAUUUUUACUGGGAACUACUACUGGAGUGUACGAAGUUAAAUCAGACAUGGAGAGAAUUUUCAUAAGAGAUCGGCUUAAUGAACAUAUCACAUUUAGUGUGAAGUGUUCUUGCUCAAAAUUUAUAUCAGCUCCAAUUCAAUAUCAGUACGCAAUGCCUGAGGUAACUCCUAGAAUACCAACCUACAACUGGCACUACAUUUCAUGGCAAGAGUGCUCGCAUCCUUGUGGAGGUGGAACACAGAAAGCAAUACCGGUUUGUAUCGAGGAAAUCGCUGGGGAGGUUGAAGACAAAUACUGUAAUGAGAAGAAUCGUCCUGAGGAAAAAGUAAGAACGUGCAACAAAUAUCCGUGUGUCACAAGAUGGUGGAUGGGACCAUGGUCUAAGUGCAACUAUACAGGAGAAGGGUCCUCAACUAGAUUGGUAUUAUGCGCACGUUCACCAAAAAACUCAGAUAAUUAUUUAAAAAUCGUCAGAGAAAAUGAAUGCUCCAAACAAAAACCCAGAACUGAAAAGUCAUGUAAUGAAGAAAAGGAGAUUGAAUAUUGGUUGAAUAGACAACAAAAAACUUCUUUAAAUAUCUUGCAGAAAACUAAGAACUUCAAAAAAAAUAAAACAAGGCGAGCAAGUUGUCAAGCGUCAAUUGAAGGCGCACAGCAUGACUUAAGCAAUGAUUACUUAUAUGAUUUAAAUCCAUAUGUGAAAUCAAAUGUGAAGAAACUAAAUCACAUAUCAAAUAUACAAUACAAAAAAGAAAACAUAGAUUUGCAACCGAAAAUAGGCAGUAAAACCAAAACCAGUCAUGCUGAAACAAUAGAAUAUGGCAAUGCACAAAAUUACUCAAAUACGUGGGACAGUGCAGUACUUAGAGAAGUUAUCAAUUUAAUAUCUAACAAUUCAUUAUUCAACGAAAUGGUAAAACCAGCAAAGAAAACAGAAAACCAAACUGUAAUGCCAAAACAACCAAGGGAGAAAUCAAAAGGUGAAGAAAAUUGUAUAAAAGAAGACAUCAAAAGCUCUACAACGCCGAAAUACACAAAAGAGGUAGUGACGUGCACCACGAUACAAAAUUUACCAAAGCCUGUUGAUUUCACUAGUAAAAUAGAAAGAGGUAAUUCGUCCUCGUACAAACUAUUACUAGCACCAAAGCAGACAACAAAAAAACCAUUCAUCCAGACUGACAUUGAAUAUGAAUACUUUGGAGAUUCAGAUUUGCUGACAAUGGCUAAAGAAGAAAUUCGCAAAAUCGUUGGCGAAGAGGUGCAAGAAGAAUUGCAGAAAGCUAGAAAUGAAGCAACAGAACCACCAUUGAUUGAAAGUGAUGAGAAAUAAAUGUGGAUUAAUAUAGA